CGUUCACUCAUGGCGCUUCCUCAUGAGAGUAUGAUCUACGGAGAGCACUGGGAUAUUCGAAAUACAUCGAACUAGUGCCAAGUGCCAACUUGCUGCUGGCCCACAGCCCAAACGCAGUGGCUGCGGUAAUGCAAUUUGCUAAACGGGCAGCUUUACAUCAGUUGCCCUCGCUCCAGGUCCGGUCGUGAGUAUAUAGAGCUCAAUAGCUGACCAAACUAUCCGGUCAUCAGCGUCAAACACACUCGUUCAUCUCACAUUCGUUAGAUACAAUCGCGCAUAUACAUAACAUUACAUCUUGCAGACCACUUCCGACAAUCUUGCACGAUGAAGUCCUCCAUCAUGAGUCUUUGGCUGCUCGCGGCUGCCGCCUACGGUACGCCUAUUGAGCGCCGUCAAGGUUCGACCACCUCCAACGAACUGAAGAGCGGGAAAUGCGGCGAUGUUGUCUUCAUCUUCGCACGAGGCUCGACUGAGACAGGCAAUAUGGGCUUGACUGUCGGUCCCCCAACCUGCCGCGGUAUCAAGCAAGCCUUUCCCGGUGCCGUCUGUCAAGGCGUGGGAGGAGGCUAUACUGCCUCCAUCGGCGGCAAUCUCCAGGCGGACGGCACCACAGCGGCUGCCAAACGUGAAGCGGCCACAAUGUUCGCCCUUGCUGCAAGUCAAUGCCCAGAUGCCGCAGUUGUCGCGGGCGGGUACUCUCAAGGCGCCGCUCUCAUCGCCGCCGCAGUCACUGCUCUUCCUGCUCAGCAAAAGGAACAAGUCAAGGGUGUCGUUCUGUACGGCUACACCAAGAAUCGUCAGAACAACGGACAAAUUCCGAACUAUCCUGCUGCGAGGACGAAGGUUUUCUGCAAUGCCAGCGAUGGAGUCUGCGGUGGUGGUUUGGCCGUUACCCCAGGUCAUUUGACUUAUACGAGCGACGUCAAUGCGGCGGUGGACUUCUUGCAGGCUGCUGUGAGGACUUAAGGAAUGGAACAAGGGAAGGAGAGUUGCACAAAAGAGGUUAUUCCGUGUGAUGGGACUUUACUGGUCGUUGUUUUCGGUGGGUUCGAGGGAUGGGCAAGCUGGUUUUGCAGUUUCCUACAUUCAAUGCUCAGUUCGAUUCUGGAGUGGCGAUCGUAUGCGUGCUAUCUUUUAGUCUCUCGGGUUCAGGCGCUGUGUAGAUCAUCCUCUGCUCUCUUUCUCGACUUCUCAACCCCCAACCAAUUUUCUCGACAUGGUGAUACUCUCCUAGUACCUGUUGCUCGAAACUGGAGGCGCAUUCCCAGUGCUGCCGGAGAGUGCCAGCAAAGUAGUGCGGACGUCAAGUCCAUCAGGUCCGUCUCCAGAAAUGGCAUCUCAGAUCAAC